AUGGCGACCAUCUAUAUUGACGAGGACAUUGGCAAGGACGAGCCCACGCAGCAGGGCACCGAGGAGUCUCCCUUCAAGACGCUUCAAUUCGCCUAUCUCCAACACCCCGCCCAGGCCCAGUACCUGACACGAAAAUCUGAGAGCGCCGACGAUGAGGCCGCCCGAGAAUGGAAGCCUGCAGCCAAGUCUGCCAUGAAAAAGGUUGUCAACUACUUUGAGCAACAAAAGAAGAAGGCUGCGCGCGAGCAGGAACUCGCCAUCCAUCGCAAGAAGGAGGAGGAGGAGCGCCACAAGGUUCUGGAGGAGGCCAAGAAGAUUGUUCUCGAGGAGGAUCCCAGCCUUCCCAAACCCGUCACCAUCAAACUUGAUGAGGCUGGUGAUCACAUUGCGCUUCGCAAGGCCGAUGAUGCCGAGAGCAAAGGAACCCGAGUCCGCGUGUUCGGCCGCGUCCACCGCGAGAGAAAACAAAAGGAUGUUCUGUUUGUCACCCUGCGUGAUGGCUAUGGCUUCAUGCAGGUGGUCAUCUCUGGCAAACUUGCCAAGACGUAUGAGGCUCUUACCCUUACCCGUGAGACCUCGAUGGAGAUCUUUGGCGAAAUGCGCGAGGUCCCCGCGGGAGCCCGCGCCCCUCUCAACCGAGAACUGCACGCCGACUUUUACAAGAUACCCAAGCACUGGAGAGCCGUUGGCGGUGACGAUGCCAUCACCAACAGAGUCACGGCCUCUACUGAGCAUGCCACUCUGCUCGACCUCCGCCACCUUACCCUCCGUGGAGAGAACGCCUCAUCGGUCCUUCUUGUCCGCGAUGCAAUGGAAUACGCCUUCAACCGGGCAUACCACGAAGCCAGGAUCCGCAAGGUCAGCCCUCCUGCGCUGGUACAGACUCAGGUCGAAGGCGGCUCCACGCUCUUCAAGUUUGACUACUACGGAGCCGAUGCUUUCCUCACCCAAUCCUCUCAGCUGUAUCUGGAGACCUGCCUGCCUUCCUUGGGCAGCGUCUACUGUAUCGAGAAGUCUUUCCGCGCUGAAAAGUCCCUGACUCGGAGACAUUUGUCCGAGUUCACUCACAUCGAGGCCGAGCUCGACUUUAUCAACUUUGACGACCUUUUGACCCACCUUGAGACCCUCAUCUGCCGUGUCCUGGAGCUGGUCCUGGAGGAUCCCAUGAUUGCCGGAUACAUCAAGACGCUCAACCCCGAAUUCAAAGUCCCUGAGCGACCCUUUAUGCGCAUGAGGUACUCGGAUGCUAUUAAGUGGCUCAUUGACCACGAAAUCCCCAACGAAGAGGGCAACCCGCACAACUUUGGUGACGACAUUGCCGAGGCCGCUGAGCGCAAGAUGACCGACAUCAUCAACAAGCCCAUUUUCAUCACCCACUUCCCCGCGCACAUCAAAGCCUUCUACAUGAAGAGGGACCCUGAGGAUGACAGAGUGACUGAGAGUGUCGACUGUCUCAUGCCCGGCGUCGGUGAGAUUGUGGGUGGUUCCAUGAGAAUAGACGACUACGACGAGCUGCUUGCCGCGUGCAAGCGCGAGGGCCUCGACCCCGAGCCAUACUACUGGUAUAUCGACCAGCGCAAGUAA